CAACCAAUAGUAUUGAGAAAGGAGGGGAAAAAAGAGGAAAAAAAUGUUGUUCAAUUUUGAUCUUCCAAUUAUAUUUUCACAUCUUUAUUUUUUCUUCCUUCUCUUAGUAAUAUUCUUGUUAUUUUUCAUCAUGAGUAUUUCAAGAACCAUGUUAACCAAUCUUUUCAUAUAUCCCAAGUCCACCAAAAUUCCAAGAUCCUAUCCAAUUAUUGGCUCUUAUUUCUCAAUCAAAUCCAAUAAAAAUCGUCGAAUUGAAUGGACAUCUGAAAUUGUUCUAAGUACACUACCAUCUCUCACUUUUACACUUUAUCGACCACUAGGUCAUCGUCAUAUAUUCACAGCCAACCCCUCCAAUGUUCAACACAUUCUCAAAACAUACUUCCAUAAUUAUCAAAAAGGGUAUCUUGGUAAAGAAACUUUAAAGGAUCUUCUAGGAAAUGGCAUAUUUAAUGCUGAUGGUGAGGUUUGGAAGUACCAAAGAAAACUUGCUAGCCAUGAAUUCAACUCCAAAUCUUUGCGUAAAUUCGUUGAGAAUGUUGUAGACGUUGAAUUGUCUGAUCGUCUCAUUCCUAUUUUGACUAUGGCUACGUCUCAAAAAACUGUUCUUGACAUCCAAGAUCUGCUUCAAAGGUUUGCUUUUGACAACAUUUGCAUGGUUGCUUAUGGGUACGAUCCAACAUAUUUGUUACCAUCCUUUCCGGAGACAAAGUUUGCAAAUGCAUUUGAAGAAGUUGUUCGAAUUAGUAGCGAGAGAUUCAAUUCCUUCUCUCCGUUUAUAUGGAAGCUCAAGCGAUUCCUCAAUGUUGGAUCUGAGAAGAAAUUGAGGGUUUGUGCAACACAAAUUCGCGAUAUGGCUACGGAAAUGAUUAAGCAAAAGAAGGAAAAAUCAACUCUUAUGAGUUCUAAUGAUGAUCUUCUUUCAAGAUUCUUAACAAGUUCUGACGGACAACAUAACAUGCAUAGUGAAGAGUUCAUUACAGAUAUUGUGAUAAGUUUUAUCUUGGCCGGAAGGGACACAACUUCUGCUGCACUAACAUGGUUCUUUUGGUUGAUUUCCAAGUAUCCAAAAGUGGAAAAAGAAAUCUUGGAGGAGAUAACUAACAAGACGACGUCUUCUUCAACGUAUGAUGAAGUAACGGACAUGGCAUACACUCAUGCAUCACUAUGUGAAAGCAUGAGACUUUAUCCACCCGUCCCCGUUGAUACUAAAGAAGCCAUGGAAGAUGAUAUAUUGCCUGAUGGGACAUUUGUAAAUAAAGGAACACGAAUAAGCUAUCAUCCGUACGCAAUGGGGAGGGUGAAGGAUAUAUGGGGGAAGGAUUGGCAGGAUUUUAGGCCAGAAAGAUGGUUGGAAAGGGAUAUCAAGACAGGGAAUUGGAAGUUUGUUCCUAGGGAUCCGUUUGUGUAUCCUGUGUUUCAAGCUGGACCUAGGGUUUGUUUGGGAAAGGAGAUGUCAUUCUUGCAAAUGAAGAAGGUGGUCGCCGGAGUUCUACGACGUUUUAGGUUUGUUCCGGUGGUGAAUAAAGGUGAGGAGCCAGUGCUGAUAGCUUACCUUACUAUUAAGGUGAAAGGUGGUCUCAUGGUAAGGGUUGAGGAAAGGACAAAUUCAUAUGAUACACUCUCUCUAUUGCACUAAAAAGACAUUCGUAUAUGUGUAUGCAACAUGCACACACAUGUAUAGAUAUAUCUUUUAUCACCAAAAUCACCCUAAGGAGAGAAGGAACAAAAUGUGUUAGUCCACCCCCAAUUAGAGUAAUUUGUGCGCCCAUUUCGUCUUUAGGAAGAACUUUGUUAAAGAUGAUCUAUCUACGUGUGAGGAAGGUCUUUUUCCUUUUUUCUUCGAUUGUUUGUCUAGUGUUUUUCUUAUUCAUGUAUCUAUACAUGUGUACAACAACAACAACCCAGUGAAAUCCCACAUCGUGGGGUCUGGGGAGGGUAGAGUGUACGAUCUAUACAUGUGUGUGCAUGUUUAUUGUAAUAGUAAAAUAAAAAAUAAAAAAUG